AUGGGCCAAGAAUCGAGAAUUUUGUCAGUCGAUGAUAGUACCGUCAAUAAUAGAAUUAACAGUGCUCAAUCUAGCGUAAUCGAUUCUCAUCGUCUUCGACCUUGGCAACCACUUUUCAGACGCAGUACGAUGCUGAUUGGUAUAACCAUUGCUGUAACCGGCAUCUUUCAUCUUUCUUAUGCAUUUCAUGAAUCCAAUUCAGUCCUACUAACACGACAUCAAUCUUUAGUGCGCACAUCUCAAGAUAGAAAUUUAUCUACAACGACAACACCAUUGCAAAACAAUACCAACAAGACCGAUGUCGUUCUUCGUGAAUCUGAACUACCUGUUUCAUGUGUUUUUGGAAUUCUUCGUUCGGAUGGAUCAUUCGGUAAUCGAAUGUUUCUUUUUGCUAGUGCCUAUGGCUUAGCUCGUAUUCAUUCAUGUCAUCUCUAUGUACAUCCUUGGAUCAUUUUCGAUCUGCGAUCUACGUUCACGAUUAAUCUAAAUCAAACUCCAGUCCAACUUUUGAAAAAUCCGGCAGAAUUUGAAAAUCGAACUGAUGUUUUUCGACGAUAUAGUGCAUGCACAUUAUUCAACGAUCUAUUCAAAAUACCCUUACCUUCUAAUUAUACAAGAUAUGAACUCGUAGGUUUUUAUCAAGCUUUCGGCUAUUUCGAUCGCUUUCGCACAGAAGUUGUUCAAUUAUUCGAAUUUAACAGUGAAACAAUCAGAAUAAUUACACCAUUUGUUGAACAAUUGGUCAAAUCUGUGUGGAAUAAUUCUGUCAACUUCUAUGCUAACAAUAGUAAAGUUACACAUGCAACACUCAAAUCAUUUCUUCUACAUCCGCCUUCUUCAUUGCCACGUGUAACAUGGAUAGGGGUGCAUAUUCGUCGUGGUGAUUUUUUGACUUUCUUCAAAAUUGACACGAGUACUUCUUAUCUCAUUUGGGCUAUCAACUAUUAUCGUCAGAGAUACAUUAAUUGCCGAUUUUUAAUUGCGUCUGAUGAUAAAAAUUAUGCUAAGCAACAUCUUGGCAAUUUCUCCGAUGUUUUUAUCACACCGUCGUCGUUUUUUCAUGGUCAUGAUUUAGCCGCAUUGGCUUUAUGUGAACAUUCAAUUUUAACAGCAGGGACUUAUAGUUGGUGGGCAGCAUGGUUAGCAGGUGGUAAUGUUAUACAUGAUCUUAACUAUCCAGUACCAUUUCAGAAAUGCAUCAAAGAACAUUAUUUUCCUCCAUGGUUUCUUUUUCCUCACAAUAGUUCAAGUAAACAAUGGGGCUCGUCUCUAUCACCGUGA